AUGGAUUCUGAUCGAGUUUCCUACGUGGAUUACGCUAGCGGCUGGAAUCAAAAAAUUAUGAAGUUCAUGGGGAUUUGGCCGGAAGAACGAGGAUUUGCCAAUGCGUGCAGUUACAAAGUGUUAUUCACGAUUGGUUUUAUGUUUCUAUUCAUUACCCUACCACAAACAACGAAUCUCUAUUUCAUUUGGGGUGAUUUCGAAUUGAUCGUGGAGAAUUUAUCGGUAGCAAACAUGACUACAACAAUCGCUAUAUUAAAAACCACAGCUUUUUGGUCCAACGGGAGAACUAUGAAAGAACUUCUAUCGCACAUGGAAAAUGAUCGAAGAGAAGCUAAAGCCGAGGAGAACAUCAUGAAAAUGAUGAGAAUCGCUGAUAUUAGCAGGAUGAUAACAGCUGGAAGUAUCAUAAUGUGUAACUUUCUUGUCUUUACUUAUGUGACGUUAAGAACCCUUUUGCUACCGUAUACUGGACGGACUUUGUAUUAUCGUGCUUAUUUCCCAUAUGACACCGAAAUCUUUCCAAAUUUCGAACUAACUCUGAUUGGCCAAAUUACAGCCGAACUUUACGCAGCCAAUAGUUACACAGCUGUCGAUACUUUCAUGGCAAUGUUGAUGUUACACGUGUGCGGACAAUUUUCGAAUCUCAGAAAAAACUUGACCCAAUUGUGUUCGGAUAGUAAUAAAAAUUUUCGAAUUGAUCUAGCAAGAAUUGUGGAGAAGUAUGAUACGCUUAACAGAUAUGCUGAAACAAUCGAAGACCGAUUUAACGGUAUGUUGCUUAUGCAAAUGCUUGGUUGUACAGUGCAACUAUGCGUUCAAUCCUAUCAAGCAACUUCGGCCCUUGUGGAUGACGAUCAAGGUCUCCUGUUAGUCCAAUUAUUCUUUUUCGUUAUAUACACAACGUACGUCAUGCUUCAUAUCUAUCUAUAUUGUUACGUCGGUGAGAAACUUUUCUCCGAGGGAACGAAAAUGGCUUAUGCUGCUUACGAUUGCAACUGGUACAAUCUACCACCGAAGGAUGCUAGAUGUCUUACAAUAAUAAUGUGUCGAGCACAAUUAUCAUCGCGUAUUACUGCAGGAAAAUUUUGUUCCUUUAAUCAUAAGCUUUUCGGCAAUAUUCUAAAAACAUCGAUGGGUUAUUUGUCCGUUUUAUAUGCGAUGAAAACCAAAGAUAUUAAUUAA